UUUGAUUAUCCUUGUGUUUCUACAAGCUAUUGCAGAUCGCAAGCCUCUGGUAAAGUAAUAACUGGAGAGGAACAUUUUUCAAGCAAGAAGUGCCUAGCUUGGUUUUACGAAUAUGCAGGUCCUGAUGAAGUUGUGGGGCCAGAAGGAAUGGAAAAGUUCUGUGAAGACAUUGGUGUUGAGCCUGAAAAUAUUAUUAUGUUAGUUUUAGCCUGGAAGCUAGAGGCUGAAAGCAUGGGAUUUUUUACCAAGGAAGAAUGGUUAAAGGGGAUGACCUCAUUACAGUGUGACUGUACAGAGAAAUUACAGAGUAAAUUUGACUUCUUGCGGUCACAAUUGAAUGACAUUUCAUCCUUUAAGAAUAUUUACAGAUAUGCCUUUGAUUUUGCAAGGGAUAAAGACCAACGAAGUCUGGAUAUUGAUACUGCAAAAUCCAUGUUAGCUCUUCUACUUGGAAGAACUUGGCCACUGUUUUCAGUAUUUUACCAAUACCUGGAGCAAUCGAAAUAUAGAGUUAUGAACAAGGAUCAGUGGUACAAUGUGUUAGAAUUCAGCAGAACUGUCCAUGCAGAUCUUAGUAACUAUGAUGAAGAUGGUGCAUGGCCUGUACUUCUGGAUGAAUUUGUUGAAUGGCAAAAAGUUCGUCAAGCGUCAUAGCAAGAAAAAUUUGGAAGAAAAUGCAAAAGUUUUUUGAUGCCCACCUCUAUACAAACUAAUGAGAAAAACAAAGGAUUGCAUUUUCAUUCUUAUGAAAGACUUUACAGUAAUUUUUUUCCUUUUCUAAGGAAUUUUCUUGUUACAUGUGAUAUGGGCAUUGAACCACACCUCUUCUGAGACUGAAAGUUGGAGUUUUUGUUUUGAGUCUUAUGUUUAUAGCAUUUAUUUCAGAACAAUAAAGAUUCAGAUUUGUGACAAAGGC